UAAGAUUACCGAUUCGCUGCAUUUUAGGACAUGUCGAUACAGGUAAUGCAACUAUGCUAGACAAGAUUAGAAAUACUAAUAUUUAAGAGGGUGAAGCAGGAGGAAUUACAUAAUAAAUUGGUGCUACCUUCUUUCCAGAAAAGAAAUUGAAAAGAGGGCUCCCCAUAGUGACUAAGGUUAGAGCUCUUUUAACUCUUAAUCCAAUGAAAGAAAUUAGAGUUAAAGGUGAGUAUAUUCAUGAUGAUAUUAUAUAUGAAUCAAUAGGUCUAAAAAUAUUGGCAGUAGGUUUAGAAGAUGCUAUGGCAGGAUCUCAAAUAUAUUUGGCUAAUUCUUAAGAAGAUAUCGAUAAAGCAACCAAAAUAGUUAACAAUGAGAUGGAGGAGGUCAAAAAAUACAUAAAACUAUAAAAUUAAGGAGUGGGAGUUGCAGCAUCUACUUUAGGUUCAUUAGAAGCACUUCUACAAUAUUUGAAUAGUUAAGUUAUUCCUGUUUCAUAUGUUAGUGUUGGGCCAGUAUCAAAAGAUGAAGUAAUGAAAGCCUUGAAAAAUGUGCUGUUGGAGGAUCUUAAUAGAAGAAAGAAAGAGUAUAUAUAUUUAUUCUUUAUUGAUAUGCUUUUAUGUUGGUUUUCGAUGUAAAAACAUUGCCAAAUGCUUAGAAAUUUGGUGAGGAAAAUGAAAUCAAGACUUUUGAAGCAAACAUCAUUUAUCAUUUAUUAAUUAAGUUUACAGAGUUUAUAAAGUAAGUCAAAAAAGAAAGAAAAGAAGAAAGAGGCUACUGAUUUUGUAUUUCCCUCAUUGUUAAAGGUAUUAAAUCCAUCUAAUAUUAAAUUAGAUAGUUCGUAUUAUCAAUACAAAGGAGCCUUUGAUUUUAGGAGUUGAAGUUGAACAAGGAAUUUUAAAAACAGGAACACCUAUAUGCAUUUAUGAUUAAAAUAGUAACAAAAAUAAAAUUGGAAUUGUUGAGACUAUUGAAUUAAAUCAUAAGAGUUUGAAAGAAGCCAGAGCUACCAAAGUAGCAUUGAGAAUCGGAACAAAUUAAGCUAUAUAGGCGGGAAAGCAAAUCAAUCUAGAAACAAACGAGCAAGUUUGGUAUUUAUUAAUUUCAUUUCCUUAGAUUACAAGAAGAGCUAUUUAUAUAUUAAAAGAGCAUUACAGAGAAGACAUAACUUUGGAUGACUGGUAGUUAGUAAAAGACUUAAAGUUAUUUUAAACAUUGUUUGAAAUAUAUUACAUUAAACAAAAAGAUUGA